AUGAAUAAUUUUUCCACUUUCAUUCUUAGUGAUUACUUUGAGACGAGGAUGUUCAAGUACCUCAUGUUUGUGAUCAUUUUCUUGUUCUUUGUUCUGAUCGUUGGCUGCAACGUUCUGCUGAUCGUGGUCAUCUGUGUGAGCAGGAGUCUGCAUGAACCCAUGUACAUGUUUCUGUGCAGCCUGUUUGUGAAUGAGCUGUACGGAAGCUCAGGCUUGUUUCCGUUCCUGCUGGUCCAGGUUCUGUCAGACGUUCACGUCAUUUCUGCUCCGCUCUGUUUCCUGCAGGUCUACCUCAUCCAUUCGUAUGUUUCUGUAGAAUUUUACAACUUAGCUGUGAUGUCUUAUGACCGAUAUCUGUCCAUUUGUCAUCCUCUCCAAUACAAGACGCUCAUGACGAUCAAGAAGGUCGCAGUUCUCACUGCAGCGAUGUGGUGCUGUGCACAUUUUGGAAUCGUCACUAUAAUAUCACUGAGUUUAUCUCUACAUCUGUGUGGAAACAUUAUUGACAAGGUUUACUGUAACAAUUACUCUAUUAUUAAACUGGCCUGCUCUGAUACAACUGUCAUUAAUAUGCUUCUGCUUGUUUCUACUUAUUUAGGCAUAUUUGCUAUAGUCAGUUUAAUUUUCUACACGUACGUCAGGAUUCUUAAAGUCUGCUUCUCCGGCUCUAAGCAGACCCGAAAGAAAGCGCUCAGCACGUGCACGCCUCACCUCGCCUCUCUGCUCAACUUCACUUUUGGAAUGUGUUUCGACGUCUUGCAGAGCAGGUUUAACACGAACAGUGUUCCACAUAUUGUAAAAAUACUUUUAUCCUUGUAUUUUCUGACAUGUCAGCCUCUUUUUAACCCUUUGAUGUACGGCCUGAAGUUGUCCAAAAUACGCAGCGUAUGGAAAACGAUAUUUUCAGUCAAAUGGAGAUAA